AUGGAUGAAGAGUCAAAGGAAAUGAUUCUUAGAACAAGAAACCUUGAGACACAAGGUGAAAUAGUGCUUGGCUUGCAAGAACAUGGUGCCAAGGAGGCGAUGUGUCUUUGUCUUUUGAAGUGUCAAAUUUCUUCAUUUUCUGGAAUCUCAUCAAUCAUGUGUCUUAAGGUCAUCAUUGAGACACAAGAGGAAGAGAUCUCAAAAGGAUCUCGCAGGCGAAUAUUGGUUUUGAAGCUACUGCAGGAAAAAUCGAUCAAGUGGACUGAAGGGGAAAAUGCCGGAACAAUACUAAUCUAA